AUGCGCAAAUUUACAAACUUGGAUUUCUCGCCAUCUUGGAAAUUUUCUGCGCUGCCGAACAUCUGUCCAUCAGAGAAAAUUACAUCGAAAUCAACAGAACGCCGCAUUUUAUAUUUGAAUGGAUCCAAGGGUGUCUUGGUACCAACCUGAACAACUUGGUAGAGCCACCGAUCUCUGGACCCAGAUAUUCGACAGCGCAACAUUGACAGAAGAACUGCAAAAUUUUCACGUUGGCGAUAGCAUGAGCAAAGGUGGGACUGGCAGCCCUUCCCCCAACUCUCGGAGCGGUGCGGGCACUCGAACUGCGCCAGAUUACAUUCCUCUUAACGGAGACAACACAUCACAUUCAAGAAAGAAGAAGGGAGCAAACGGCUUUAUAUUUGGUGACAGACAGGAAACUAUCAACAGAAAAAGGAAGGAUAAUCUAGCAAGUACAUACGAUUGGAAUCAUUCUGGAAAAUUAAGAAAUGGGGGAACACCAUGGCGAAUGCCAAGCCAGCGGUACUGCGGAAUCAUUGGAUUGCAUCAUGAGAUAAUUGAUUUCUAUCAUUUUAUGCUCCCUCGUUAUGAGGAGCAUCAUAUGAGGAGAGAAGUAGUGCAGAGAAUACAAGGAAUUGUCAGAUCAAUAUGGCCCAAAGCAAAGGUGGAGAUUUAUGGGAGCACACGAACAAUGCUGUAUCUUCCUACUAGUGACAUUGACUUGGUCCUCUUUGGUGAUAUCGGUGAAAGUCCAUUCUUCAGACUUGGCAAUGAGCUGGAGAAAAGUGGAAUUGCUGAACAAGGAAGCAUCAAAGUUUUGGACAAGGCAUCGGUUCCAAUAGUGAAGUUGACAGAUAAUGUCACCAAAGUUCGUGUUGACAUCAGCUUCAACAUGCAAACAGGGACUGACUGUGCCAAACUUAUUGAGGAGUUUAUCUGUCAGUUUCCUAGCCUGCCUUUCAUGGUGUUUGCGCUGAAGCAAUUCCUUCUUCAAAGAGACCUCAAUGAAGUUUGGACAGGUGGUAUCAGCUCAUACAGCCUCAUCCUCAUGAUUGUCAGUUUCCUCCAGUUGCAUGCACCACCGGAGCCUGAAAACCUUGGAGUACUCCUGAUUGAGUUCUUUGAGCUGUAUGGUAAUAACUUCAACUACUUCAAGACAGGCAUCAGUGUGAACGAUGGAGGUUACUACUUCUCUAAGGAGGAUGCCCAGAGGACUAUGACUCAGGGUUACCGCACAUCUAUGCUAUGUAUCGAGGAUCCACUCAACCCAGGUCAGGACAUCACCAAGAACUCUUAUGGAUUCAUGUCUGUGAAGCAGGCCUUCCACUAUGCCUAUAGGGUUCUAUGUCAAGCUGCAAUACCUCAUAUAGAUCAGGAGGAUGAAACAGACAGUAUCCUUGGUCGUAUCAUCCGCGUGACAGAUGAGGUGGUUGCCUAUCGUCAGUGGGUCCAGCAACAUUGGUAUCAUAAGGUAGCUCACCUUAUACCACCUGCCAUGAUACCAAGCCUACAUUACCUUCAUAUGGUUGCUAUGAAUCAACUACCACUUCCAGACAACACUGCCAUGAGGAUAGACAACCAAAGUAACCAGCAACAACAGCAGCAGCAACAGCAACAAAAGCAAGGCAACAACAAUAACAACCCCACAACUCUGAAUAACAAUAAUUUGAGUGCAAGGACUACCACGCCCACCACAAGUUGUUCCUCCCCUUCCCCGAUUCCUUCGGAGGAAGGGGGCGUGGACAAGAGUGUUACCCUGGCUGGCCAGGGUUUGAAUGAACUCAGGACCGAGUCGACCACCACUACCACAACUGUUACCACCACAAGCACCCCAACUCAGUUGCAGAAACUUGCUGGUCCUGAGCAGGUGCAGCUAUCCCCCGAGAGCCCUCCUGUAAUUGGGAUCCCGACGAGUCCUGAAUCCGAUGUCAACUCAACUGGAACAUUGUCUUCACCUUCCUCACAAGAUGAUCUUUCAAGCUGCAGUGAUGCUGAAUCGGAGCAUUCAUCUGCUUCUUCAAAGGAUAGUGGAGAUAGCAUGAUGAAGAGCCUGCCACUACCCCUGCCUCCUCCUGGACGUCACAUCAAUGCUACAGUAACAGUCACCAGCACCAGUAUGAUGACACCAUCUAUCAUGGUAUCAAGUUCAACAUCACAACGUACAGCUACUCCACCGAUUAUCAAACCAUCGGCAGUGUUGCUAGCAAGUAGUACCAAUACCACCGUCACGGGGGUCGCUUCAAAGCCCAAGCCUUCCAACAAGGACAGCGAUGUGUUGAAGAGCGUGAGCGUCAGCAGCGUAGUGGUCACACACAGGAGUGAAGCGCAGGUUGCGCCAACCACCUCCACCGUAUCCACCACGUCGUCUCCUUCUGUGACGAAGGUGCUCCCGGGCACGACAACGGCCACAAGCAUUCAGCAACCUGUCACUUCAAGGACUUAUCGCAACAAGAGCCACCAGUAUAACUCUCAGCAGCAGCAGAGCAGUGGCAAGUACCGCAGUUCAUCUGCCAGCAGCUCAAACAAUAAUAAUACCACAGGGAAUGGCAGUGCCAGCGGAGGAAAGAGAUUAAAACGCAGGCAUAAACAGAACAGCGCUCCUUCAAAUCGGUGAUCGUUGCUUUAUUACGUAGCAAGACAAUGAACCUACUUGUACAAAUUUCAAAAGGAAAUACUGAUCAAAGAACAUGCAGAAAAUUGAACAACUCUGUAUAUUGUCCUGUAAGGUAGGCAUCCAACUGAAAUGGUAACCAUACUCCAUGUAUUUCUCUUUUUUGUCUAGAAGCUGCUUUUUUAAUCAGUUGGCUGUUUGGAGUUUGUUUUGUUACGUCUGUCCACCAAGUAACCCUGCCGUCUACGUACAUUCAUUAGCGAUUACUUCCACACGUUGCUCGGUGUUUAUUGUCAUGAUGUUCUCAAAAUUUCAAACAUUUUCCUGAAAAAGCAUGUGCCUCCACCUACGACUGAAUAUCUCAUUUCGUUGCCAUUUGCUGAUGCGAAGGCUGUAUUUUAGAAGCCUUAUUGAGAAAAUCUGUUAAGAAAAGAGCUCUCUGGGAAUCUUUAAAGAAAAAAAAAUAACUUGGAAAAAGCUAACAAUCCUGGAAUACCUUUUAAAAAGUUCCACAAGUUUUUUUUUAAUACUGCAUGAUAUUGAUUAUCCAUGUAUCGUUUUCUAAUCGGUCUAUUUCAUGGAUUUUUAUAAGCAUGUUACUUUAACUCUAGCACAUUCUAAAAUUGUCGAGGUGAGGCACCAUUCAUACAACAUGUAAAAGUUUAAUUAACUUAGCAGCUUUACAAUGAAUGCCCUUUACUUGAUAAGAAAGAGAGGUGGAGGAGCCGUGGUGUAGUGGUUCUGACUCUUGCCUGGUAAACAGA